CCGUCGUUGGAAAAACGCUUCAUACGGCAGGUAAAGUACAGGUAUAUAAAGCCCGCGCUUUUCAGAUAAUCAAUCAGUUGACUUCGAGUCAAUAGUUUUGAACUAUCUCAAUAUUAUCGAACAAUUAUUUUGGAAUGAUUUUUAAAGUUCUUUUACUUAUCGGUUUAGUGGCGCAUUACUCCACGGCCAGGAGCGUCCAUUUGGACAAACGUAAUUCGGCUGAACGGCGUGCGGAGGCUGAAAGGAAUCCGGAAGAUCACGAGCCCAAUUUAACUGAAGUUAUUCACGAGGUAGAAAAUGUUCGCGAUACUUUCCUACGAAAUUUGUCAGAAGAGAUGAAAAAAAUUGAUUCCAAGCUGCAGAAAAUUAAAGAACGGCACGAACAUGAAAAACAAGAAGCUGAACGCGCAGCCGAAGUCCAACGUCCCAUCAAAAUGCGGCUUGAAGUGUCCGUCCCGGAGCGUGGAAAGAAGGUCUUCGAACUGGUGGCCAAUGGUGACCCAACUGAGCGCAAGGAGGGACGGCUUAGAGACUCCGACAAGCGUAAAAAAGAAGAAGGAUCGAGCGAAUCCAGUGAAUCUAGCGAAUCGAGAGAAUCCGGAGAGCGCAGAAAAGAAGAAUCAUCUAGGGAACGGCUUGAAAAGGAAGAAGCGAAAGAAUCUGCCGAACGCAGAGUAGAAGAAGAGUUUAAAGAACCCGAAGAAGAGAGAGGAGAAGAAGAGUCAUCGGGCGAACGCAGGGAAAAGGAAAAAGCUAAAGAAUCAGCCGAACGCAAAGUGGAAGAAGAGACUCGAGAAUCCAAGGAAGAAGAGGCUAGAGAAUCCGAAAAACGAAAAGAAGAAGAAGAAUCAUCCGCCGAACGCAAGAAAAAGGAAAAGGCGAAAGAAUUACUCGAAAAUGAAAUCGAAGAAGAGCGAAAACGAAAAGAUGAGGAAGAAUCAUCCGCCGAACGUAGAGAAAAGGAAAAGGCCAAAGAAUCCGCCGAACGUAAAGUGGAGGAAGAAUCUCGGGAAGCUCGUGAACGAGAAGAAGAGGAAGAAUCAUCGGCUGAACGCAGGGAAAAGGAAAGAGCCAAAGAAUCAGCCGAACGCAAAGAAGAAAAAGAGGCUAGAGAAUCCGAAAAACGAAAAGAAGAAGAAGAAUCAUCCGCCGAACGCAAGAAAAAGGAAAAAGCUAAAGAAUUACUUGAAAACGAAAUCGAAGAAGAGCGAAAACGGAAAGACGAGGAAGAAUCAUCCGCUGAACGUAGAGAAAAAGAAAAGGCCAAAGAAUCCGCCGAACGUAAAGUGGAGGAGGAAUUUCGGGAAGCUCGUGAACGAGAAGAAGAGGAAGGAUCAUCGACCGAACGCAGGGAAAAGGAAAGAGCCAGAGAAUCAGCUGAACGCAAAGCCGGAGAUGAGGCCCGAGAAUCCCGUGAACGCAAAGAAGAGGAAGAAUCUAAAGAACCCCACGAAGAGAGAGAAGAAUCAUCGGCUGAACGCAGAGAAAAAGAAUCAGCAAAAGAAUCAGCCGAACGCAAAGUAGAGGAAGAAGCAAGAGAAUCCCGCGAACACAAAGACGAAGAAGAAUCGUCUGCUGAACGCAGAGCAAAGGAAAUGGCACGGGAAUCUGCUGAACGCAAAGUAGAGGAAGAGGCUCAAGAAUCUCGUGAACGUAAAGAAGAAGAAGAAGAAGAAUCAUCCGGCGAGCGCAGAGAAAAAGAAAGAGCCAAAGAAUCCGCCGAACGCAAAGAAGAGGAAGAAUCAAAGGAACAGGAAGAGGAAUCAUCAGCCGAACGCAGGGAAAAGGAAAGGGCAAAAGAAUCCGCAGAACAAAAGGUAGAAGAAGAAUUUCGAGAAUCCGAAGAGCGAAAAGAAGAAGAAGAGUCUUCUGCGGAAAAAUCUGAUUUGAUGACAGCUCCCAGUGGCUCGAGUAUUGUCAUAAGCGUUCCACCGGAAUUGCAUCCUGAAGGAAAAGUGAACAUCGAAAUCUUUCCAGGUGAAGGCAAAGAAUACAUUGGUGAACCAGAGGAUUUAAGAGCUGAAGAGGAGCAUACCGAAGCUACAACCGAGGAGCCGAGCUCCACGGAGAGGUCUACAACAGAAUCCGUUACGACAGAACGUCCCACAGAGCGAACCAGUACAGAAGAAGAAAAACGAACAACUGAACGUCACAGAGAAGAAACAACUACAGAACGUCGAGGUGAAGAAAGAACUACAGAACGUCAAAGAGAAGAAACAACUACUGAACGUCAUGAAGAAGAAAGAACUACAGAACAACGAGGUGAAGAAACAACUACAGAACGUCGACGUGAAGAAACCACAACGAGUCGUCAUAAGGAAAGAUCUACCACCACAGAAGCCACUACUCCCGCGCCCGAAGAAGAGGAAGAAGAAGAAGAGGAAACCAUUUUACUUCCACCUGGCACUACAAAUAUUAUUUUUAACCUUCAAUCCAGCUCACGAAAUCAAGGAGAUGAAAGGCCGCAAGAGAAUAUCGAAAGCUCGAGGAACAGUCGUCCUAGCCAAGGAAAACUGUCGCGGCCGACCGAUGGCAAGAGACGAACAUCCGGCAGACGCUGUCCAGUCGGCUAUCAGUUUAACAUCUACACUCAAGACUGCAACUCUCCUAGCCGUAAUAUCAAUUACGGAUCUUAUUCGUUUUCCGGGUUCCCUCCUCAGAUUUCCUUUAAUCAGAACAGUCCUUUUAUAAAUUUAUUUGGUUCACGUAAAUAAUUGUAGUGAUCAAGAAUAGUAAUGUAGUAGAUGCAUAGUUUAAAAUCUGUUUUUUGAAUACACAUUGAAGAAAAAAUAAUAA